GAACAUCGUUACGAUAAGACGUGUUCAAGAGUGAACGGAAGAAUUAAUUUUCAUUUUUUUUUAAUUCAAAUAUUUUGUAUUUCGAAUUUUUGUAAUUUAUUUUCUUCGAAUAAUGCUUGUAUUUCUUAUAACAUUUUUAAUAAUAUUUAUAACAACAUAUUGUUUAUAUAAAUAUCAUAUACAAUGGAAAUAUAUAGAAAAGUUUCCGGGUCCUACACCAAUACCAAUUAUAGGAAAUACUCAUCAACUAGGAUUAAAUCCAGUUGCAUACUUGAGCUCAUUUUUAAAAUUUUGGCAUGAAUAUAAUCAUGAACUUUUUCGAGUUUGGGUAGGCAGAAAUCCUUUUAUAAUUGUAUCAGAUGCAAAGGACAUAGAGUUUAUUUUAUCCAGUAAUACACUUAUUGAUAAAGCUAAUGCAUAUAAAUUACUACAUCCAUGGUUAGGACAAGGUUUAUUAACUAGUACUGGUAUAAAAUGGUUUAAACAUCGUAAAAUGAUUACACCAUCAUUUCAUUUUAAAAUUUUGAUUGAUUUUCAUGAUGUUAUAAAGGAGAGAUCAAAAAAAUUUGUUGAUAAUUUAAAAUUGAAAGCUGCAACAAAAGAAAUAUUUGAUAUUCAAGAUAAAAUUCAUUAUACAACUUUAGAUGUAAUUUGUGAAACAGCAAUGGGAACAGCAAUAAAUGCUUUAGAAAAUAAUAAUUCUCAAGUUGUAAAAUCUUUUCAAGACUUAUGUUACGUCGUCCAAAAUCGUAUAUUCAAUCCUUUUAUGCAAAUUCCAAUGUUAUUUCAUUUAUAUAAAGAGUCUUCAAUGCAAAAAAACGCAUUAAAUAUUUUAAGAGCGUUUUCAAUGGAUGUAAUUGAAAAAAGACGAAUUUUACUAGAAGAAAAUUCAAGUACUGAAGAAAAUUUAGAUUCUUCUGACACAAUUGGCAAAAGGAAACAAGUAUUUUUAGAUACAUUAUUAACAUCAACGAUAGAUGAUAAACCCCUAACAAAUGAAGAAAUUUAUGAAGAGGUUCAAACAUUUAUGUUUGAGGGUCACGAUACGACAACUUCUGGAAUUACCUUUACAAUUUAUUUACUCUCAAGACAUCCCGAAAUUCAACAAAAAGUUUAUGAGGAACAAAAACUACUUUUUGGAAAUGAGCUUAAAAAUAUUGAUCCGUCCUAUCAAGAUGUACAAGGUAUGAAAUAUUUAGAGAUGGUUAUUAAAGAAGCUCAAAGGCUUUAUCCCAGUGUACCUUUGAUUGGUAGAAAAACUAAUGAGACCGUUAAUAUGAAUGGAAAUAUAAUACCGGCGGGCUCAACAUUAUUAUUAUUUGUUUUUGCGAUGGGAUACAAGAAAGAAUACUUUCCUGAUCCAUAUAAAUUUGAUCCAGAACGAUUUAAUAGUGACCGGGAGAAAACAAAUCCAUUUGAAUAUGUACCAUUUAGUGCUGGGCCAAGAAAUUGUAUUGGACAAAAGUUUGCAAUGCUAGAAAUGAAAUCAAUUGUUUCACAUAUUGUGAGAAAUUUUAUAAUUUUACCACCAAAUGACGAAUGUUUAAAUGUCAAUGGAAAUUAUGAAAAUUUGGGUAAAUUUGAUUAUGAUCCAGUUUUAGCAAGCGUUUUGACCCUUAAAGCUGAAUAUGGUGUUCAAAUUAGAUUAGAAAAUCGUUAAAAAAUAUAAAAAUAACGAAAGUUUACUGCACAAGCAAUUUAAUAAUUCUUUGUAUAAUUGAUUUUUACUCAUUCAUUUAUUUAUAGGUAUCACAAAAAAAUAUUUUAUUUAGUUAUUUACAGAUAUUUUAUUUUCUUUUCAUAAUCAAUAAAUAAUUUUUUAUAAAAUUUUA